AUGGACGUGGCGAGGCACGUGGAGGAGCUGCUGCGGCGCCCCAUGGACAGCACCGGCCCCGGAACUGCCCUGCUCCCCGCCGAGGCGCGGCGGAGGCAGGGCCGGGGCGUCCGGCCUCGGGACCUGGCGCUGGGCAGGCUGAGUCCCCAGCCCGGGUUGCCCGAGGAUGUGCGGGGCAGGCUGCAGGCUCUGCUGGCCCCUGACACGGUCCGGGCGGCCGAGCUCCAGGCUGAGUGCGCCCGCGGCUUUGAGGGCAUCGUGCAGCGCCUGUGGCCGCAGCUGGAGGUGCUGGUGGUGGGGACAGCACACGGUGCAGAGAAGCUCUACUGUGACGCCCUCCACCAGGCUGACUGCAAGGGGCUGCCGUUCUACUGCCCCUUCUACCAGGCGGCGGGAGCCCUGCUUGGUGUGAACCUGUGGCCAGAGGAGCCAGUGCCCCGAUUCCUCCUGUGCCCUGACUGGGCUUUCUGCGAGUUCCUGCCCUGCCCUGCCAAGGAGGAGCCGCGGACGGUGCUGCUGGGCGAGCUCUGGGAGGGACGCGAGUAUGAACUGGUCCUGACGGCCCGGCCCGGAGAGUACAGGUGCCGUGCCGGGGAGGUGCUGAGGGUGUCUGGCUUCCACAAGCAGUGUCCCGUGGUGGAGUACGUGCGCAGGGAGAGCCAGGCGCUGAAUGUGCGGGGCGAGAGCAUCACCGAGGAGCGGUUCUGCCGGAGCCUGUGCCGUGCCGUGGGCAUGUGGCCAGGCGCUCGCCUGGUUGACUACAUCUGCGUGGAGAGCGCCCUGCUGGGCGCCUCUUCGGGGGCCAGCGCCCCCCACUACGAGGUGUUCGUGGAGCUGCGGGGCCUGCGGGACCUGUCAGAGGGGCAGCGCUACAAGCUGGAUCAGUGUCUCCAGGAGGAUUUCCCCAUUUAUAAGUCCUUCCGCUUCAAGGGCAGCAUCGGGCCCCUGCGCCUGCACCUGGUGGGGGCCGGGGCCUUCGCCCGGCUGCGGGAGGCGCUGGGCUCCCCCCUCCCCAUGCCCAGGGUCCUGCGGGAGGAGCGGCUGCUGCAGCUCAUCCAGAGCACCGUCAUCUCCUAGGGCAGCCUGGGGGUCCUGCAGCCCUCCCACCCCUGGGGUUUGCUUAGUGUGUGC